AUGGAUUUGCCCGAAACGCUACACGAUUUUCUUUUAGUCUUUCUGGGAUCGGGUCUUAUAUUAGGAAGUCUAGGGGUAGUAUUACUUACCAACCCCAUUUUUUCUGCUUUUUCAUUGGGACUGGUUCUUGUUUGUAUAUCUUUAUUAUAUAUUUUAUCAAAUUCGCAUUUUGUAGCUGCAUCACAGCUACUUAUUUACGUGGGAGCUAUUAACAUUUUAAUCAUAUUUGCUGUGAUGUUCAUGAAUAGUUGCGAAUAUUACCAAGAUUUUCAUCUUUGGACCGUUGGGGAUGGAAUUACUUUGAUAGUUUGUACAAGUAUUUUUGUUUCACUAAUAACUAUUAUUCCAGAUACAUCAUGGUACGGAAUUAUUUGGACGACAAGACCAAAUCAGAUUAUUGAGCAAGAUUUAAUAAGUACUAGUCAACAAAUUGGAAUUCAUUUAUCAACCGAUUUUUUUCUUCCAUUUGAACUAAUUUCAAUAAUUCUUUUAGUUGCUUUGAUAGGUGCAAUUGUCGUAGCUCGUCAGUAA